UCACACGAAGAAGUAAACGGAAGUGAACAGUUAUGAAAAAACAAUUUCCACGUUAUCGUUUUUAUUGUUUAGAUGUGUAUUAACAGACAUGAACUCAAAAUAUGAAUAAUUUAACUGCAUCGUAUCACACCUCAUAUCGUGUUUAAUUCACGUUGGAGACAGGACUUGGUUGAUAGCUGUUAUCUAGGUAACGCUAGCUAGCUAGCUAGCUGCUAACGUUAGCAAAAAAUGGCUAACUGUAUGGUUUUUCACACUCAAAUAGCCUCCAUCAUGGAGGUGCUCGCGAAUGCCGCCGUGGCAGAGAUCUGUAAACUCGUAGACGACGACUAUGCAGUGUUUCGUUUGGAAAUAAAUCAAAGCCAGAAAGAAAACAGGUCAUUGCGGAGGAAACUACUGGAACUGAAGGUUGCACGGGAGCGCGCAGAGAGGACAAUGCGAGAGCGCGUCCUCGCCAGUCGUCCCAGUAGUGUCAAGAUCCUUGACCGAUACAGAGGAAUUUCAAGAGGUGAAGGACAUCUCACUGGAGGCCACAGAAGCUUUCUGAAGCCAGCGGAACACAAUACAUGGAGAGAUGACCAACCAAUCACUGUUGAUGAGGUGUGUGGAACCACAUCGCAGAAUUUUAUGGUGAUAGAGUCUGCAGAUGCAGAGGCUGCAGGUCCUGGGGUCAAGCAGGAGAGGUCUGAAGGAGAGGAGGACCCACGGAACAUCAGAGACAUUCAGUCAGGAGCGGCCUCUGCAGCCACGGAGGACCCCAACAACCAAGCGCAACCUAGGACCCGACGCAGCAUCACGGAGGAGGAGGAGGGUCCAGAGGUGUUGCUGGUGAAGGAGGAGGGGUGUGAGGAGGGUCUGGGGAACCCAGAGGGGACCAUGGUCAUAGAGGACAACCAGACUACACCUCCGCCUGAACCCACUGAGCAUCACAAGACCACACGCAAUUUCACUGAGUCAGUAGACAUGGAGGAUGGGAAGCCUGAUCUGCUGAUUGUCAAAGAGGAGACAAUAGAAGAUGAACCAGAGAGCAUUGACCUGCUGAGUAGACUAAAGAUGGGGGAGCAAGGUGGUUGGCUGGAGGCUGACAGGGGAGACUGGGUGGCCAUCUUGGAUUCCCAGAACCAGACGAGUGCAACCAAGGGCCCAGGGGACAUCACUGAGAAGGCCAGGACCAGAGGUGACAUAGUGGAGUCUGCAGUCCAUGAAGACCUGCUGAUAUCAGGUGUUGCUGGCGGAAGAGACUGGACCUCUGAGGCGGCAGGUCACAAACCUUGGCCUCGAAUCAGGACAGUGGAUCAAGAGCCGUCACUCUUCCUUCCCGAGUCGGAACCAGGACCCAACCGUGAGGGACAGAGACUCCACCACCACCACUACACAGAACACAACCAGUGGACAGGUGGACUGAACAACCUCAGUCCUGGUGGUCAUCAGAGAGACAGAGGCUCCAGUCAGGAAUCUAGUCUGCAGACCAGACCCUUCUCUUCACAGUCUCAGUGCAGGGAUGGAGCAGUGCCUGGGGCUGAUAGAGAUAGACCCUCCUGUUCUUAUGAUACAAACACCACAGUAUCCAUGAUGAACAGAGCAGGUCACCCUGGGCUUCAGCCUUCAAAGAGGGUGGUGGGCGACCCUCCUGGUGGUAGUCUUUCAGGAAGUCUGUCUUCUUCAGGGUCUCGUCUAAUGCCUAGUGACUGGGUUCAUAAAAAGCCUGGACCUGGGUCUAGCCUUCCUCAGUUACCUCAUGGUUACCCCACCAACACAGACAGGGUCAGGAUGGGCGUUCCUCACGAGAUGUACCUUGCUUAUAACACAGCACACAAUCCCAACAACACCCAAACAAUGACUAGAGGUCAAGGAGGGAGCUCAAAGACUAACCACCUGGCUCCUGCUUCUAUCUCCUCUGGUGUCAUCGGGUCACAACGUGGGAGGCUGAGCAUUAGGACAGACGCAGAGAAGCCAUACGCCUGCCCCACAUGUGGGAAGCGCUUUACUGAGGCAAACUAUGUGAAGAAGCACCAGACAGUUCACACCAAGGAGAGGCCCUUCAAGUGCAAACUAUGUCACAAGAGCUUCUCCUUCCUGACUAACCUUACCAGACAUAGGAGUGUCCACAAAGGAGAGAAAUCGUAGCAGUGUGGCUUGAGUUUUAAGCAGGGGAUAUCUGGGAACCAUUCUUUAGCUGCCAAAUACUACAUGGCCAAAAGUAUGUGGGCACCUUCUCGUCGAACAUCUCAUUCCAAAAUCAUGGACAUUUAUAUGGUCUCCCCUUUGCUGCUAUAACAUCCUGCACUCUUCUAGUAAGGCUUUCCACUAGAUGUUGGAACAUUGCUGUGGGUCUUGCACUGUCUUGGCACUGUUGUUAAGUGAUUAGGCCUGGCUUGCAGUCGGUCAUUCCAAUUCAUCUCAAAGGUGUACGAUGGGGGUUUAGGUCAGGGUUCUGUGCAGGCCAGUCAAGUUCUUCCACACCGAUCUCAACAAAUCAUUUGUGUAUGGACCUCACAUUGUGCACGGGGGCAUUGUCGUGCUGAGACAGGAAAGGGCCUUCUCCAAACUUUUGCCACAAACUUGGACACACAGAAUCUUCUAGAAUGUUCUUGUAUGAUGUAGCAUUAACAUUUCCCUACACUGGAACUAAGGGCCUAGCCCAAAUCAUGAAAAACAGCUCCAAACCAUUAUUCAUCCUCCACCAAACUUUACAGUUGGCGCUAUGCAUUUGGGCAGGUAGCAUUCUCGUGGCAUCCGCCAAACCCAGAUUCGUCCAUUGGACUGCCAGAUGGUGAAGUCAUUCUUCCAGAUGGUGAAGCGUGAUUCAUCAAUCCAGAGAAUGCGUUUCCACAGUCCAAUGCCGGCGAGCUUUACACCACUCCAGCCGACGCUUGGCAUUGCGCAUGAUGAUCUUAGGCUUGUGUGCGGCUGCUUGGCUAUGGAAACCCAUUUCAUGAAGCUCCAGACGAAUAGUUCUUGUGCCGACGUUGCUUUCAGAGGCAGUUUGGAACUGGAUAGUGAGUGUUGCAAACGAGGACAAACUAUCUUUACAUGCUAGUUUCUUCAGCACGCGGCGGUCCGGUUCUGUGAGCUUGUGUGGCCUACCACUUCACGGCUGAGACGUUGUUGCUCCUAGACGUUUCCACUUCAUAAUAACAGCUCUUACAGUUGACCGGGGCAGCUCUAGCAGGGCAGAAAUUUGACAAACUGACUUGUUGGAAAGGUGGCAUCCUAUGACAGUGCCAUGUUGAAAGUCACUAAGCUCUUCAGUAAGGCCAUUCCACUGCCCAUGUUUGUCUAUGGAGAUUGCAUGUCGGUGUGCUCAAUGUUAUACACCUGUCAGCAACGGGUGUGGCUGAAAAAGACGAAUCCACUAAUUUGAAGGGUGUCCACAUACCUAUGUAUAUACAAUGGGGAGAACAAGUAUUUGAUACACUGCCGAUUUUGCAGGUUUUCCUUCUUACAAAGCAUGUAGAGGUCUGUAAUUUUUAUCACAGGUACACUUCAACUGUGAGAGACGGAAUCUAAAACAAAAAUCCAGAAAAUCACAUUGUAUGAUUUUUAUGUAAUUAAUUAGCAUUUUAUUGCAUGACAUAAUUAUUUGAUACAUCAGAAAAGCAGAGCUUAAUAUUAGGUACAGAAACCUUUGUUUGCAAUUACAGAGAUCAUACGUUUCCUGUAAUUCUUGGCCAGGUUUGCACACACUGCAGCAGGGAUUUUGGCCCACUCCUCCAUACAUACCUUCUCCAGAUCCUUCAGGUUUCGGGCUGUCGCUGGGCAAUACGGACUUUCAGCUCCCUUCAAAGAUGUUCUAUUGGGUUCAGGUCUAGAGACUGGCUAGGCCACUCCAGGACCUUGAGAUGGUUCUUACGGAGCCACUCCUUAGUUGCCCUGGCUGUGUGUUUCGGGUCGUUGUCAUGCUGGAAGACCCAGCCACGACCCAUCUUCAAUGCUCUUACUGAGGGAAGGAGGUUGUUAGCCAAGAUCUUGCGAUACAUGGCUCUAUCCAUCCUCCCCUCAAUAUGGUGCAGUCGUCCUGUCCCCUUUGCAGAAAAGCAUCCCCAAAGAAGGAUGUUUCCACCUCCAUGCUUCACGGUUGUGAUGGUGUUCUUGGGGUUGUACUCAUCCUUCUUCUUCCUCCAAACACGGCGAGUGGAGUUUAGACCAAAAAGCUCUAUUUUUGUCUCAUCAGACCACAUGACCUUCUCCCAUUCCUCCUCUGGAUCAUCUAGAUGGUCAUUGGAAAACUUCAGACGGGCCUGGACAUGCGCUGGUUUGAACAGGGGGACCUUGCGUGCGCUGCAGGAUUUUAAUCCAUGACGGAAUUCUUACUGGUUGGUAGGUGAUCAAAUACUUAUGUCAUGCAAUAAAAGAGCUUCUCCUUCCUGAGUAUCCUUAUUAGACAGUGGGAAGGUCCACAAUGGGGAGAAAUCAUAGCAGUGUGGCUUGAGAUUUAUUGGUAUUGGUAUUUUAUUAUUCCCAUUAACUAUUGCAAAUGCAUCAGGUUCUCUUCCUGGUGUGCACACAAAUCAUGAUACAAUAAGAACAUUAAUAGUCAAGAACAGCUCAAGGACAGAACUACAUACAUUUAAAACGUCACACAGAUUACAAAUGAGUACAUACACACAAAAAAUCUAGAUCAAAUAGGGGAGAGGUGCUGUGCCAUGAGAUGUUCAUUAAUCUGUUUUUUAAAAACAGGUUUGCUGUAAACUUGAGCAAUUUCAGAUGGAAGAGAGUUCCAUGUAAUCAUGGCUAUAUAUAAUACUGUACAUUUCUUGGAUUUGUUCUGGAUUUGGGAACUGUGAAAAGUCCCCUAGUGGCAUGUCUGGUAGGCUAAGUGUGUGUGUCAGAUCUGUGCGUAAAUUGACAAUGCAAAGGAUUUGUAAUUUAACACAUUGACUGCAUCACCUUUUUUCAUAAGAAACAGUCUCUGCUCUACUUUUAGCCAAGAGAGACUGGUAUGUAUAGUGUUGAUAUUAGCCCUCUGAUUACAGUGACGAGCAAGACAUUCCACUCUGUUCUGUGCCAGCUUCAGUUUUCCUAUGUCUUUUGCAGCACCUUACUGGGCAAUAAUCAAGAUAAGAUAAUAUAGAGCCUUUAUUUGCGGAGUGUGGUGUCAAAAAAGCCAAGCAUCUCUUUAUCAUGGACAGACCUCUCCCCAUCUUUACAACCACUCAAUGAAUAUGUUUUGUCCAUGACUGUUUACAAUCUUUUCCUGGUACAUUUGUUUUUAUUUUUUUAUAAUUCCAAGGUCACACCAUGUAAUUUAGUCUCCUGAAAUUGCUCAACGGCCACAUUAUUCAUGAUCAGAUUCAGUUGAUGUAUAGAACUUAAAUGAUUUGAGGGAAUGAUUUUUACUAAAUAUAAUGCUCUUAGUUUUAGAGAUGUUCAGGACUAGUUUAUUACUGGCCACCUAUUCUAAAACGGACUUCAACUCUUUGUUUAGGGUUGCAGUGAUUUCCCUAGCUGUGGUUGCUGACACAUAUAGGGUUGAAUCAUCAGGGUACAGUCAGUAUACAGUGCAUUCGGAAAGUAUUCAGACCCCUUCAUUUGUCCCACAUUUUCUUACAUUAUAGCCUUAUUCUAAAAUUGAUUAAAUAGUUUUUCCCCCUCAUCAAUUUACUCACAAUACCCCAUAAUGACGUAGCAAACACUGUUUGUUUGAAAAAACAAAAAUAUCACAUUUACUUAAAUAUUCAGACCCUUUACUCAGUACUUUUUUGAAGCACCUUUAGCAGCGAUUAUAGCCUUGAGUAUUCUUGGGCAUGACGCUACAAGCUUGGCACACCAGUUUUUGGAGAGUUUCUCCCAUUCUUCUCUGCAGAUCCUCUCAAGUUCUGUCAGGUUGGAUGGGGAGCUUCGCUGCACAUCUAUUUUCAAUGUCUCUUCAGAGAUGUUUGAUCGGGUUCAAGUCCGGUCUCUGGCUGGGCCACUCAAGGACAUUCAGAGACUUGUCCCAAAGCCACUCCUGCUUUUUCUUGGUAGUACUUAUGGUCGUUGUCCUGUUGGAAGGUGAACCUUCGCCCCAGUCUGAGGUCCGGAGCGCUCUGGAGCAGCUUUUCAUCAAGGAACUCUCAGUACUUUGCCCCGUCAUCUUUCCCUCGACCAUGACUAGUCUCCCAGUCCCUGCCUCUGAAAAACAUCUCUUCACCAUAUCGAAGGUGCCAGGUUUUCUCCAGACGUGACGCUUGGCAUUCAGGCCAUAGAGUUCAAUCUUGGUUUCAUCAGACCAGAGAAUCUUCUUUCUCACGGUUUGAGAGUCCUUUAGGUGCCUUUUGGCAAACUCCAAGCGGGCUGUCAUGUGCCUUUUACUGAGGAGUGGCUUCCAUCUGGCCACUCUACCAUAAAGGCCUGAUUGGUGGAGUGCUGCAGAGAUGGUUGUCUUUCUGGAAGGUUCUCUCAUCUCCACAGAGGAACUCUGGAGCUCUGACAGAGUGACUAUCGGAUUCUUGGUCACGUCCCUGACCAAGGACUUUCUCCCCAAUUUCUCAGUUUGGCCGGGGCAGCCACCUCUAGGAGUAGUCUUGGUGGUUCCAAAUUUCCUCAAUUUAAGAAUGAUGGAGGCCACUGUGUUUUUGGGGACCUUCAAUUACCUUCAUUUUUUGGAACCCUUCCCCAGAUCUGUUCCUCAACAAAAUCCUGUCUCGGAGCUCUACGGACUAUUCCUUCGACCUCAUGUCUUGGUUCUUGCGCUGACAUGCACUGUCAAAUGUGGUACCUUAUAUAGACAGGUGUGUGGUUUUUUUUUUCAGGGGGUGGAUCAGCUUUAAUAUUGCGGAUAGAUUGUUGCUUCCAUCAAUGUAAUUGUCUGCAACAUUUUCAAUCCCCCACAUAUUUUUGGGUAACACACUUUUUUUUUAGACUAUACCUUUAUUAUUCCUCGCAAACCCUACCACCCCUCCCCCAAUUGGAGUGAACUAAGAAACAAUAACACUUAGGCUUCUACCUUCAGUUUAUACAUAUUAUAUACAUAUCUAUUUUACAAUAGUUAUAUUUUGUUUGUUUUAAUCUAUCCUCUAUUUCCGAUGUCCAUCCAGUUUAACUGUGCGAUUUAACAACAUUUCUGAACCUAUUUUACAGACCUGUAUAUGUUUUACAUUGGUUAUCUUGUUGUUAUUAGUCCCACCCUUCAGCUCCAUUCAACCCCUCCCAUCUAUCUCUUAACACCAUCCAUUUUGGAUUUCUAUUUGCCAUGUAUUUUUCAACUGUGCUGUGAUGCUUCACAAAAGUACUGAACCUUUUUAUUUUCAUAGCUUCUACAGAAUGUAAAUUAAAGAUAAAAAAAUCAAUAAUAUAAUAAUUAUUUCAGAUCAAUUAACUAUGACUUUUCAAAUCAUCCAGUAUUGCUAUCUGCAGAGUUAGUUCCAGGUAAAUGUUGCAAUUCUUCAGCCAUUCCUGGACCUGUGACCAAAAACAAGCUACAUAUGGACAGUACCAAAAUAAAUAAUCUAAUGUCUCUUCUUCCUCGCAGCAAAAUCUGCAGAGCUGGGAAGAUUGUACCCCCCACAUAUAUAUAUAAUAUUCUAUUUGGUUGCAAGAAUUUUGUAUAAUAAUUUAAAUUGAAAAUUUUGAAGUUUUGAAUCUGGCAUCGUUUUGCGUGUCAAUUCAUAAACCAUGUGCCAU